CUAAAGAUGUUGAAAAUGGAGGAGCCCAAUCUUCUUCCACUUCUCAGGGUCCUUAUCAAGGUGUGGCAUCAGGAAUUUUCAAGAUAAAUACAGCUAUAAAUAGUUAGCGGAGACUCGUAAACAGGGUUGGGACAGACAAAGACACUCCUGAUCAUAGUCAUAAGCUACGUAGUACCAAGCAGAGAAUUGGGCAGUUGGUGAAGGAGACUUUCGCUAACCUCAAAGCACGGACUGAUCCUGGAGCUCAUAGUGACGGCAUUAACCCAAAUACGAAAACAGAAGAUGCAAAGCUGGCAAUGGAUUUUCAGGCAACCUUGCAAAACUAUCAAAAAAUUCAAGGGCUUGCUAUUAUUGGGCGCGAGGCUAAUGAACAACUGCGUCUUGGUGUAGUAGAUCCACAAAGUAGUAGUACAUUCCUCGAAGAACAGACGAGAUGCAGCCAAGAGACGUUAAUGCUGGAGAAUGAGAUUAUUUUCAAUGAAGCCACAAUAGAGGAAAGAGACGAAUGUAUAAGAGACAUUCAUUCAGACAUUGUAGAAAUACAUGAUAUCUACAGAGACCUUGCUGUUUUAAUUCGUGAACAAGCUGUUGGUGAUAAUAUUGACUCCAUUGCUGCUGCUGUCAAAUCAACUUCUAAACUACAACUUGUCAAGGCUCACAAAAGCGUCAAGUGCUGGUCGUCGAGGGUAAAUCUUAGUUAAGCUGUUAUUUCCUUAGAUUUUUAACAGCAACUCCUCAACUAACAUUUCUGUUUAUGCCAAUUUGUGCAUUACCCUGACAGUGCUGGUUGUUAUUCUUCUUUACGUUUUGUUAUAACGUGCUUUGGCAAUGCAUGGUUUGGUUGUGAUAUGUGAGUACAAAAUCGAAGAACUACCUGAACUGAACUUCCUAAAUAUGUUACUUUUGUAUCAUUUGUCUACUUAAGAGGUGAUAGUUUGUAAAUGGACUGGUUCAUGCCUAUAUAUUAUUGCUUUACCCCUUUCGAUCUUUAUCCGGAAUCGUCCUGUAUACACACACACAUUUCCGUUCCAGAGACGUUAAAAUUGAUUCCCUACAUGGAUGUUUGUGAUGAUAAAUUAA